GCGCAUGCGCACCUCACUGGCUCCUCUGCACCGUCUCCGGCAAGUUGGAUGUGCGCGCUCCUCACUCGCAUCCCGAAACCGCCUCAAAAACUGUUGAGAUGGGGAGGAUCAGGAAAAACCACUUUGGGAUUUUGACUUUUUCCCUGCUCGUCACUUUUGUCUGGACACAAAGCGUCAAGGAUCUAAAAGAUCCCAGCAACAUGCCUCUGGUCAAAGAGACGGUGGACAGACUGAUGAACGGAUACGACAUUCGAUUGAGGCCCGAUUUUGGAGGUGCACCAGUGGCCGUGGGCAUGAACAUAGACAUAGCCAGCAUAGACAUGGUGUCUGAAGUCAAUAUGGACUACACGUUGACCAUGUACUUCCAACAAGCGUGGCGGGAUAAGCGGCUCUCCUACUCCGAGAUCGCCUACAACCUCACUCUGGACAACCGAGUGGCCGACCAACUGUGGGUCCCGGACACCUACUUCCUCAACGACAAGAAGUCCUUUGUGCACGGCGUCACCGUCAAGAACAGGAUGAUCCGCCUGCAUCCCGACGGCACCGUGCUUUAUGGACUCAGGAUCACCACGACUGCAGCCUGCAUGAUGGACCUGCGCCGUUACCCUCUCGAUGAACAAAACUGCACCCUGGAGAUCGAAAGCUAUGGCUACACUACAGACGAUAUCGAGUUCUACUGGCGAGGAGGAGAAGGUGCGGUGUCUGGUGUCGACAGGAUUGAGUUGCCGCAGUUUUCCAUCGUCGACUAUAAACUCAUCUCCACGAAGGUGGUCUUCUCCACAGGUUCUUAUCCACGCCUGUCCCUCAGCUUCAAACUGAAGAGGAACAUCGGUUACUUCAUCCUGCAGACAUACAUGCCUUCCAUCCUGAUUACCAUCCUCUCAUGGGUCUCCUUCUGGAUCAACUACGAUGCCUCUGCCGCCAGAGUGGCCCUGGGGAUUACCACGGUGCUGACCAUGACCACCAUCAACACGCACUUACGAGAGACGCUCCCUAAGAUCCCUUACGUGAAGGCCAUCGACAUGUACCUGAUGGGCUGCUUCGUGUUCGUCUUCCUCGCCCUGCUGGAGUACGCCUUUGUCAACUAUAUCUUCUUUGGCCAAGGCCCGCAGCGGCAGAAGAAAGCGGCUGAGAAGGCGGCCACGGCCAAUAACGAGAAGCUUCGACCUGACCCCAACAAGUGGCUGGUGGGAAAUGUAGUUCAGAGAGAUGAUGCUCUGUAUGCCAGAAUGAAACAGAGGGAAAUUGACGCGUAUGACUCGAUGUGGGAUCCCAUCUUUGUGGACGAUGCCGCAUUAGGACUAGGCGAGCAAAGAAAUAAGAUGACUCCCGACGACAACAUCCUGUUCAGCACCUUGGAGAUGAAGAACGAAAUGGGUGGCGCUGGAGAUCUGUCGCGGGGCCUGGGAGCGCCCGGAGACCCCCGCAACACUAUGCUGGCCUACGACAGCUCCACGCUUCAGUACCGCAGGGCGGCCAUGGCCCGCCAGAACUAUGGCCACAGCGCCUUGGAGCGCCACGCUCAGAAGAAGUCGCGCCUACGGAGACGAGCCUCGCAGCUCAAGGUCAACAUCCCGGACUUGUCCGACGUGAACUCGAUUGAUAAGUGGUCCAGGAUGAUCUUCCCCACCGUCUUCUCCUUCUUCAACGUGGUCUACUGGCUCUACUACGUCCAUUAAGCUCGGCGGCCAUCUUGAGGCAGGCUCGUGAAGAUGGGGAUUUGAGUUGGAAUAGAGAAAUGGUGUGAUUGCGUGAAUGAGCGGUGAACGGUGCACCACCUUUUAGCGGGUUCAUUUUAGACAACGUGAAGAGAGUGCAAAGACAUUUUGGACAGACAGCAGCACCACCAACACUACGGUGACUCUUUUAGCAUUUGGGAAACACCUUCCGGCGUAUUGGACGAACACUUUGAAAAGAAGAGUUUUAAAAAGGACGGUAACGGUGCAGGAAUUUCAAUAUAUCACUAAUAUUUGUCAUUCGUAGCUUACUCUCUGUGGAUCAAAUAUUUAUGCUUGUGUUUGCAUAUACUUUAAGGAUUUGUUUUGUUUAGUAUCUAUUUACUUCGUAGCCGAGCCGUCUGCAUCUGGGAAAGCUUUAUAAAUGAUUUCAAAGGAGUCAUCCUUGAUAGUCUAUUUUCCUAUAAUUACUGUAAAUCCAAAACAUCCUUUUAAAAGCAUGCUCACAUUUGAUUUCAUUUGCAUCUCAGUUGCAAUGAGGAUGAUAGUGUUGAUGGCGUGGAAGUUGGAAUUGGCAGUGCCAAUGCUGGAUAGAAAAGGAAAAAGACAUCAUGGACAUCUUGGUGAAGGAGUUGUUGGACAUUUUGACCUUUAUGUUUUGCUUUUGCGGCACGGACCAAAUCAAGUCCAUUUCACCCUUUUUUGUUUUUUGUUUUUUCAACAAAAAAAAGGACAUUGGACUCUUCCUUACGUUCUGCCAUGGUGAGAAGAGCUUUAGAGGCGGCGAAUGGCUUUCAUGGGACGAACUGGUGAAAGAAGAUAUUAAUCGGCUGCCCUUUCAUUGCAAUGAGUUGCUGCAUAAAUAUGGCAAUCCACAAUCAUCUUUAUCAGUAGAAUUGAAUGAUAGAAGUAUGAUACGUUUCAUUGUGGUUAGGUUUCUGUUUUGAAAAAAAUGUAGAUAAAUAUAAAUCAUGUUAAAAGAAAACGAGAUGAUUCAUUUUUAUAAAUCAAUACUCACGUUGUGUAAAUAGGAUCAAUUUAUUCUACUUAACUGUUGUUGUUUUGCAGUUGAAUUACACCUAAUUUUCCAUACCGUCAAAAAAAAAAAAAAAAAAACGAGAGACAAACAAGCAAUUCAGCGGAGCGUAAAAAAAGAAAAAAAAAAAGAAAUAGAAAACACAAAUCCACAACUUUGCUGUUGAUGUGCUUUUUGGACUUUUCUCCCUUUUCUUUCUUUUUAAUGGACUCUUGAAGCACCUCCUUGCUGAAACUAAAGCACUUCCAGACACCAGUGGCUACUGGGUCCAUGUUUUGUUCUCCGCAAACAACUUAACAAGGAUCCCGCUAUCCAGGCAUUGAAGUCAGGCGUAUUUUGUACAAAGUUUAUGUAAAUUCCAAUUGUAAUAUUUCAUAAAAACUGUAAAUAUGUUGUGUAAUGAUUGUUGACAACUAUGAAGAUGUACCUAAAUUCAAUUAAAACUCAAUACAGUCUAUCACUUCAAUAACAAA